UACUUCCUGUAUCUCAGGACUUCCAUCAUGGCAGGCAGUAAGUUGGUGCUAGAAGGAAGAGUAAGUGUAAACGGCUUUGUUUUAGGACUUAGCGUUUUAGUAAUUCCAUUGAUCAGAGUCUGGUUUGGACAUCUCGACUGGGUCUUUGAUUACCUCACGGAAACUCCCGGAAAAAUUGCGAUUUGCUUCCAUAUUGCAGUUAUCAACGGCCUCUUGCUAAUCGUGUACAGGGGACCACUGUACAAGGUUGCUGUGAGAGCCUGCUUUCUUGGAGUUACUUUUGGCUGUGGUUUGAUCAUAAGCUUGUCUCAGACCACCUGGACACAUUUUGGAUGGUACAUGUGCUCCCUGUCACUCUUCCACUACUCGGAGUAUCUGGUGACAGCCAUUAUUAACCCUCGUAGCCUGUCUCUGGACUCGUUUCUCCUUAACCACAGUGUGGAGUACACCAUAGCUGCCGUUUCCUCAUGGGUGGAGUUCACUGUGGAGAAACUCACAUUUCCAGAGCUGAAGCAGCUGAACUGGUUGAGCUUCGUGGGUCUGGUCAUGGUGCUGUGUGGCGAAGCCCUGCGUAAGGCAGCCAUGUUGACAGCCGGCUCCAACUUCAACCACAUCGUUCAGAACGAGAAGGCCCAGAGCCACGUGCUGGUCACCAGCGGGGUCUACGCCUACUUCAGACACCCGUCUUAUGUGGGUUGGUUCUACUGGAGCAUAGGAACACAGGUCAUGCUGUGUAACCCUGUGUGCAUACUGGGCUACACGAUAGCCAGCUGGCGUUUCUUCCGGGAACGGAUUGAAGAGGAGGAGGUCUCCCUCAUCCACUUCUUUGCUGAGGCCUAUGUGGAGUACAAGAAGAAGGUUCCCACGGGGCUGCCCUUUAUCACAGGCAUCCGUGUCAACUAGUGUCAGAAGCUGGAAAGAACAGACUUCAAGCUCUACAGCAGGUCAAGCCUUAUAAGUAUGUGGCAUUGCCAUGGCGGCUGCUCUCCGAGGACAAACCCUGCAGCUGGAUGAGCACUGAGCUCCAGGACCAAGACCAUGGCCACCAGGACAGAGGCACGCAGCUGGGCUGCUUUGUUUUCUUUUUUUUAAACCAACAUUUAAAAUCCAGUUAGAAAGACAAAACAGCCUCUUCUGUAUUCCAUGUAGUCCAGUAACAUUACCUCAUUUGUUGUUCCUCUGUUUGCAUGCGUUGUCCAUGCUUGGUGUUUUCACUGUUGACCUGUUGUGUUUAAGUAUGAGAAUCCUUUGGGCCCAGUAAGAAUUCAACAAAGACAUAUGGCUGUUGUGUUCUGCCAGUGGCAAAUGUUGAGGUAAAUUUUUCCAAGUUCACAUUUUAUGUGAACUGUGGUGAAAAUCAUCUUAAAAUCUAGUAUUUGGACCUUAGGGCUGGACAAUACUGUAUCUCCACAUAUAUUUCCUGAUAUAUGCUAUAUGUAUCUACUUUAAGUUGCUAAAUGCACUGUGUGUCAUUUCUAGCACUAGGUAUCUCUCAGUCAAAACAAUGGCUAAAGGCAUCAGUUGCAGCAGAUCCACCGCUUCCGUUAUUAACCAAACAUACACUGUGUGAUAGAACUUAGUGUUUCGCUAAAGGGUAACCCAAUAAAAUACCUUAAAUGCUGAUUCACAUUAUGUUUAGUGGCAUAUAUUAUAUUUUAUUCACAUGAUGUUUCAUUCCAAUGAAAUGGACACAAGCAAGGUCAAACAAUGUUAAUUUAAUAAAAGGGAUAUGAAACCCCCGACAAGUGACAAACUCAAACUGUUAAAUUACACAUUUUUUUGAAAAGAUUUGCUCCAACUUCAGCAAAAGAUAAAACCACGGAAACAUCACACUUUGUUGUAAAGAUAAAGACAUACAAAUGUUGCCUCUGAUCUUAGUGGGUUAAUGCUUAAUGGCAUACGAUGCGUUUAAGCCAGACAGAUGUCACAAAAACCCUUCACUUCAGGGUGUUUAAUAGGUCUGUUCAAUAACCCCAUGAAUAUUAUAAUUGUUGGAGAGGUUUUAGGUGGAGAACAUGCUGUUUGUCGAUACUAAUAACUUAAAUCCAGAUCAGAUCACAUUUUAUGACCAUUUCAUGCAGAAAACUGGGAAAUUUCAAAGGGUUCGCAUACAUUUUCUUGCCACUAUGUCAGAUCUGCAGUGAACUGGUGACACAUCCAGGGUGUACCCCACCUCUGCCCGAGGGGAGCUGGGAUUGGCUCCAGGUCCUGUGACCCUGUCGAAGGUUAAGCGGUUCAGAAAGUGAAUGAAUGGAUAUAAUGCCCAGCCCUUGUAUCUUUAGAGGGAGCCAUUUUUAAUGAUUAGAGGAAUCUGUGUGUCCUGUAUGUGGUUGUGUGUUUGAACAGACUGUACAGGUGGAACGUAGCAGCUGUGUUUACACUGAUGAACAGAAUGCUUCACUCCACUUAAUCCAUUUCUACACCGUUGAUCUGCUGUAGAUCAGCUGUAUGUUCCAAACAUGCUAUAGAUCAUCCAGAACAGUUAAACAGCUUCUACUUGACUUUAUUGCCUUCUCAGAACUGUGAAGUAUCAUCAGUAGCAUUAUUUAGAAAUGAGGAUGUGCAGACAGUUUGGAACAUACAGAACAUACAGAUCACUGGCAAAUAUUCCAAAGAUUUUGAAGUAUUCUUUUUUUAAGCAUGUCCAUCAGUCAUCAUUCAGUUCUUUUUCAAAACCGCUCAACACGUGUGUCUGUUUAAAGACAGAAAUGUUUGGGUUUGAAGAUGUUUGCGAUUGGAACGUAAAUAGCAGUUUUAAAAAUAAUUUAUCAUGAAUUAUUAUAAUAGAAUAAGUUGAGAGUGUAAAGAAUGUAAAGUUUUUAUCAGGUUUUUGAGUCACUUUAUUUUCAAAUGGACGAACCUCCAUUUACCAGUACUGUAAACACUGGCUGAAUAUGUAUCGUCACUGAAUUCAUCAUUUCUGUUAUUGUAGAAUCGAUCUGUAUAGGACUAGAAAAACCACAUGACAUGAUAUUCCUCUAUGUGUUAAUAAAUACAUGCGUUUCUAUACAUAUGUGCAUGAAGUCAAUAUAGCUCACUUUCAUCUAUA